ACUGUUAUGGACACCUCAGAUGUUAAUUAUAUUAAAAAUAUAUAUUAAACAUAAAAUACAUGACAGACAAAAUGUUACACAAUGAAAUUUAAAAAUCAUUUUUACACUUAGUUGUUGAAAUGUGCUUCAUUUCACAGUGAAACAAAUCAUUAAAGCUCAGUUUUAUUAUUUAUUCUGGCGACUUUUUAAAAAAUAGUUUUAGUUGACAGAUACAUUUCAGCUUUUUUAGGAAACAAAACAGCCAUUAUGAAAUGAAGAUUUAGUCGGUGAAAAAGCUGCAGUAAAUAAUGAUUACGGUGUUAAAAAAAAAACAAACAAACAAGUAGACCUGCUAAAUUUUUCAUUAUAUAAAGCUUAACUUUAGAAAUGAUUAUUUUCCACAUAGUUAAUUUUAUUUUUGAUUUUUUUGAUAUAAUUUGUUUUUAGUUAUUUAAUUGAUAUUGAACUAGAGUCUCUACUCUGCCAGCAGUUUCUGUCAUUUCACAAGAACAAUCUUUCUCAAUUUCUUGCUGUUUAUACACUUUAAGAAAUAAAUCCACUGAUUACACGUGCUUUGUCCUGUGAUUUCCUGUUAAUUCAUGAUUCACUUACUGUCAGUACAAAAAGCACACUUUGUCAAUACCUACAGCGAUAAAAGUUGAACUUUCAAGUUAGUUAAUGAUGCACCUACAGUAAUUCUCUCAUAUCUGUAAAACACAGUUUCAUCUGCAUAAAAAGAGAUGCUUGUUUUUGACUGUUAUUGCUGAAAGACCAGGAAACUGUGAUUUUCCAUUGAUCUAAUCCUGCAGCCGAUCGAUUAAUCAAUCAUUUCACUGAUAUAUGUUAUUGAUAAAGCAAAGUCCAGCAUUACUGUCAUUUAUUGACUAUUAAAUUUUACAGAGGUGUUGUUGUAUGCUGUAUGAGAGUUUGGAUUCUGAUGAAACUGUUUCGAACACUGGGAUCGAGUUUGCAGAAAAACGUUCCUAGCCUAGUUCACUCACUGUUCAUCCUCAUAUCUUGAUCCCCAGGGAGAUUCAAGUCACCGGCAUCGUUUUACGACAGGAAGGCUUAUUGAGGCUAUCGCCGUUGUGUGGUGUUAUCAGCCUCGUGGGAUGUUACUUAUUAACCCUCCUGACAGCACCGAAACUCCCCAAGUACAGAUCAGUGAAAACAAUCAUUUUCUUUGGUGUGAAAGAGGUGAUCAGGUUGGCAAACAAAGAAUGAUGUCCGGGCGAAAACCUGAAAAAACUUUAUUAUCCACGCAGAGGCGCAGAAAGGAAACUUAAUAUCUAGCCUUCCUACUCAUAGUUUAAACCCGUUUAACAUCAAUGAUUCAUCAAAGCAGCUGUAAUUCAGAUCAGCUUCAGUGAGCCUGAGCGACAGGCCAAUGUUCAGGGAGGUUUCAGAGUGUUGAACGCAGGGCUGAGAGAUAUUAAUGUGUAAUCAGCAUGAAGAAAUAGAACAGGGCAGGAACAUAGUGUAUUGGGUGAGUUACAUCCUGUAUGUACAGCAACACAGUAAUUUAGGGUUAUUCUGUCCUUGUAGGAAGUGUUAUGGAACAGCAGUAAAUUUGAAUUUUUGGCACAAUUUUAUGUCCUCUUCAUGUUUAUUAUUUAUCUCUGGCUUUGAUAGCUUCUCUUUAGUGCCCUGAUUUAAUUUUCAUUCGCUUUAUAAGGUUUCUGGAUUAGACUUCCAUGCAUUUUAAAACCCAAAUAUACAAAAAAAAACAGUUUCAAAAUUAGAAAUCACAACUUUAAAGUGUCUGCAACCACUGUAUCAUGGAUUACUGUCCCCUUACCAGAACUUUCCACAGUCAUGCUAGUGGUUUUGUGAGGCUGUACUUAGGCAGGUUGAGCUAAUAGCAUUAGCAUGCGUUGAUGUGAUGUAAUAAUCAAAUAAGUUCGCAGCAGGAAACGUCAUGUGAACAGCUCUGAAAGUCUGCAAAAGUUGAAUGCAAGUUACAUCAAAUUUCACUGAUGUAUGAUUCAUCAAUGAGGUUGAUUCAUCACUAACUCAUUCGCAGAGGCAGUGCAAGAUCAUAAAAUUAGAUGUACUUUUUAUUGAAUGUAUUUAGGAGUUGCACAGCAGGCAGCAUCGUCCACUUCUGUUUUCUAAUUCCUAUUAUUCAUAUCCAAUAUUAGUAGGAAUAACAAUAAACUAGAGUUAAGUAAGGUGCUUAAUACAUGCUGGAUCUGUUACUCUUGACUACAAAAACAAGUGAUAACUCCCCCUAAAGUAUGGUGUAGUUUUUCACCGAUUCAACACAUCCAGUUGUCAGUAAGAACAGAAAACCAGCAGGUUAUCAAACUAUCUUGUACAAGAAUAAAUCUCAAGGUUGCAAAUGUAAGGGAUGCAAGUUUACUCAAGAUAUGUGUGCAUUUAUGGAUACAUUUCUGGUCAGUAAUCCUAAACCUUUGCAGCUGUACUGCUCUUUUUUUUGUACAUUGGGACCUUUUGCUUGUAGCAUAAAGCAUCUGACACCACAUAAUUAAACAUGGCCUGCAUCUCAUCAUUUAUCAUUGUGUAAUUUAUUUCAGUUUUUAAUUGACAUUGAAUUUCUACUCAAUUUUGGGACAGAGACUUGGUAAUAAAGUCAAAUAAUAAAGAGUCAGUGGUAAAGUCUUGGUUAUAUAACAGUAACUCAGGCUUAAAAUGACAGAAAGAAACCCUGAACCAGGUUAGUUUCUCAGCAUAAGUUUCCAGCCUAACUGAGCUUUAUAAAAUUUGCAUUAUGGAUCCAAAAUAACCUGAAAAUUAGUCAGACUAACUGAAAUAAACCUGGCUUAUUUGGUAAACUUGCUUCACGGAACAGGCCCUAGUAAUUGUUCCUGUGCUUGUCUCACAUACUUCUUGUCAUUCUGAUCAAUUGGCCUGAAGCUCCAGACCUCGUUCCUCUUGACUGAUUGGACGACUGAUCAUUCCAGUGCUCCAAUCAGGUUGCAACAAUCACAACACCUGGUUUAAACUUCAUCUGUCUGUCAGGGCGGUUCUGGUUUAAUGAGGGCAGCUCGUUUUUGUGCCUCUCUUGUCUUUGUCUGUUCUGAUAGCAGUGGUGUAUUUUUCUCUAUCUGCUUGCUGGUGGUUCCACGUUGUCCUUGUGUUCACAGCUCGGAGUUUUGUUUGGCCGCCCGUAAACUGGACCUGGCUUACUGUAGCUUUUCCACUCUGGGAGAAUGGGUUCCAGGAAGUUUAGUUGUUUUCAUUUCUAUUUUUUUAAUCAUGUUAGCCCUUUUUUGAUUUUAUUUGUUUUACUGAUUUAACAAUACCCAUAGGGCCUGCCUUUCCUUCCAGUUUUGCCAUUUUUGUUGUUAAUUACUCAGCAUUAAAUAACUUUACUCAUCCAAAAACUACUGAUUUUAUGUCACUUCUUUUUACAUUAGCAAAGCCAGAGACGUAGCACCACAAUUAUUUUGUAUCAUGGUGUUAGCAUGUUAUCAUUGCUGUCCCUGCAGCGUGACCCAGAUUACUCAACACAGUUAUUAGCAAUAACGCUGAUAGCAAGUUAGGUAAAUCAACUAUUAGCUAUUAAAGGCUUGUUUAAGUUCUCUUGAGUAAUAAACACAGUUAUCUUUGUCACAUUCAUGCUGUUCCAUAUUCUGGCUGUAAAGGACAUAAACACACUGAACAAAGAACAACUUCCCAACGCCGGAAAUGGGAUCACCUGAGGAGCAUGUGAUGUGCAAACAAGGACAGUGCUAAUCUUGAUGUUUACAUAAGCAUGCUAAGUUAGCACUGGACAUUGAAUUAAACCAAGUUAUUGGAAAGUUAAGAUUGAACCAUCCAAUAGCUGUCAAAAUAUUUCAAAAUAUUUUAUCAUUUCCAAUGGAGAACUUCCGAUAAGUCCACAAGAGUGUAUUUGUAGUAGGAUCGCAAUCAUGUGAUCGUCAGCAAGCAGCUGAUGUAGUGUCCACUUGUUGUCUUAGUUACAGUGCCGCUAUCUCACAGUAAUACAGAAAUCUUUAACAAAUUUGUGGAUCCAGACUAUAAGUUGCAUCACUGCCAAAAUCUAAUCACUUGGUCCUUGUGUCAUUUCUGACCUUCCCUGAAAGUUUCAUCCCAAUCUGUCCGUUUUUGAGUGAUGUUGCUAACAAACACACAGACAAAUGUACGCCGAUCAUCACAUGACUCAGCCACGUUCCUUGACUGAGUUAAAAUAUGAUCACUAACACAAACAAUAACACAAAUAAUGACAUUUUUUUAUGGAAAACAAUUUGUAGUAUCUAUGUAGGAUCUCAGUGCUUAUUAGUAAAAGCUUCUUGACAGAUAUGUUUUCAGGACCUUCAGAAGAUAAUAAAAUUGCAUGCUAUAGUGACCUCAAUAUCAUCGAAAACAGCCAAAACAAAGUUGUGUAAAAUGUUGAUAUUAGCUAACUUAUGCUAACAGUUUGUCCUCACAUUGUAGCACACUAAUGCACAUGAUUCACUUCAUGGGUUUAAGUCAGGACUUUCGGGAGACCAGUCUAAAACCUUCAAUCUAGCUUCAGUGAACCAUUUCUUUUCCACUGAGUCACUUUUAAAGUCAUUUUUGACUCAAUUUGAAAGGCAGAGACGCAAACCGGGGAACUAUCUGCAAGGCUAAAGUGCUAACCACUAAGACACCAUGCAGCCAGGCAUAUGAACAGAAAUACACAACCAUUUACUCACAUACUAAUACAUUCAUGCAUUAGUUAAAGUGUCAGAAAAUAAUUUAAAAAUAAUUUUCAUGUACUCUAUGGCUUCUAUACGUACUCUGAGUAAACGUCUGGAGGCGCUAUUAUAAUUAUGGGUUAUCUCUAAAAUGUUUUCCAACAGCAAACUCCUAAGCACAUAGUUUUAGCACAUUUCUAAAGUAAAAACAAACUUUACUGUAUUGUUUUGAGUAUAGACUUUUAAAUUACACAAGAAUUGUUAAAAUGUUGUGAAAGGUUUCAAACAUUCUUUUGGAUUUCUUUGUCGUCUUUUUCAACAUUUAUCUCCUUGCUGUCUUCUGUGUUGUGUCUACUCAUUGCAGGCUCAUCCCACUUUCUUUUAAUGACUUAUUGCUUGAGCACACAAAAAGGGUGAAAGGCUUCCUUGCAGGUAACACAUACAUUUAGUUUUCACUCGAAGUGACUGUGCUCAUUUCAUCAAAUAGGACAAACCCAUUAGCAAACUGGUGCCGCUGCCAAGUGAGCUGUAAACAUGGGCUUUGCAAACAGAACAGUCGUAAAAGGAGAGUUUUAUAGUCGGGAACAAUGUAUUUUUCAGAGCACCUCAGGUGUAGGUGCAAUAUAGGAGGCUGGCCGGUGAUAUUUGAAUUUCUGGCUUUGUGUAACUUAGCAGAUAAUAAAAAGAAAGUUGCAGCUCAAAGUACUUUCUGCCUCUGUGCUGUGGUAGCUCUGGUCAAACGUAACAUCUCAGCAACAUGUUGAGAGAAUUUAUUCGACAAACAGUGAUAAAAAAUGAGAUAAAUGAUACGAAGCAAAAGGAAAGACACAAAAAAAUUAGACAAAAACGUUACAAAGCGACGAAAAAUGGACAAACGACAAGAACGAGACAAAAAAAUUACACAAAGGACGCAAACAAGACGAAAAAUGACAAAAGCAAGAAGCAUAAAGACAAAAAAUAGAAAAACAACACAAGUGAGACAAAAAGGAACCCACAAAUGACAAAAACAAGAGACAAACAUCAAAAGUCUGACAAAAAACAAGACAAAAUAUUGCAAAAAUGAGACACAAAAUGACAAAAGAACAAUGAGCAAUAUGAUGCUUUAAUUUAUGAUCAAAAUAACUUGUCUUGGUCUAGAAAUUAUCUUAAAUUUAUUGUUUGUGUGUCUGAUUGGUAACUAAUAGUUUAAAAGUAGGGAAUGACAAGAACAUUCCUGCAAAAUGAUACUAUAUUUUUGCACGCUUGUAGAAAUACUGGGUCAAAUGGAAAUGCGAAUAUUGCGUCAAACUUUCGCAGAGAUAGAAGUUAUGUGUAUCUACAUUUCUUGUCUGUUUGAUCCUGUUAUAAACUGAACAAUGAUCAGUUUUAGGUGGACAGUGAUCACUUUCAGGAUCUCAUUUUGUUCUAGAACCGUGUCUCCUGGGACUUCACAAACCAUAAAUUGUCCAUAAAUCAUGAAUUUAUUCGUCAUUUAAGACAACAUUUCAUAGAAAUGUCUGCUAGAAUGAAGUGAGGAAGUGAUUUAAAAUGCAGAAGGUCAAAGAUCAGCUUGACUGUUAUUACGAUGUUCUGCAAAAACACUUUUCCAGAACAGAAAGGGAGACGGUGAGCAUUUUUCACUUCUGCUCAGAUAAUAAGUUGGUGAUCAUCAUUUUGUGUCAGCCUUGAAUUCAUGGUUGUUGUGUAGAUCUUGUGUGCUGACAUGCGUGAAGUAUUGUAGAAUUUAUAGCAGCAAGCUAAGGGUUCAUUUAUAAGCUGGACGAUGAGGUUUUAAACGAACAGAACAAGAACAGUUACAAUAAAGUAUCUCGGUUUGCGAAGAUAGCAUGCAGCAUUUCAAGCCUGACGUUGGUUUUAAAAAGUCUAAACUGUAGACACCAGGUAAUAUUUUAUGACUUUCUCGCCUCUAAGACAUCACACAGCUGUACUGAGUAACUGUGUCACCUCUCAACAUGCUAAAUAUAGAUUUUCAUUACAUUUUACAAUCUCUGCUCUGGGUUGAUUUCAAGAAAGCUAACUCUCCAUGGCAAACACUGACGAGAAAACAGCUCGACUCGGGCUCAUUGUUGAGCCGGGGCUAUUUUUGGAGCUUCACUCUUGACCUUUAAACAAAUGAGUUUGCUGGUUUGUAAAUCUCCUCGCUUCUACACACUCGACAGCCUUGUCUGAAAUGCAGGUUAAGAUUUAUCUGGAUAUUAUCAGUGAGGUGAACUCGCUGUGCCCUGGCUGACCCACCAGCUAUCAGGAGGGUUAUUAAUGAGAACAGACAAACACAGAAACUACGAGAAGGACCAGCUAACUUUAAACCUUUAUCUCCGGCUGGUUGCUGGGACUUCAGAUUCAACCCAAGAAGCGUUUGUAUCUUUUUAAUACGCAGGGCGUAACUCUCGGUGAUUGUGUCCUUGAGCUAUUCCAGCUGAAACAAUAAAACUAACGAGUUGCAAAAGAAAACCAUUCGUUAGUUUUAUUGUUUCAGCUGGCAUUUUGGUGUGAAAUGUGGGAUAGACAGAUACAAAAAUCUACAGUUAUGAGAAAAGUUGAUCAUAAAAACUAUAGGGAAGUUUUACAAAAAAGAUGGUUACAGCUGAUUGUUCAUCCAAUUUGCAACAGUUGCUUAUAAUUCUGAUCAUUCUGAUUGGGAUUAACCCUUCUGUUGUCCUUAUUUACGGGCACCAAAAAAUAUUGUUUCCUUGUCUGAAAAAAAUCCAAAAAUUCAGAAAAAAAAUCCCCAAAUUUCUGGAAAUUUCAAAUGGAUUCCAAUAAUUGCUUAAAAGUUUUAUUUUAUUUUUAAAAAAAUCCCCCAACUUUGGCAAGAAAAUUCCUGUAAAUAUUUUCAAAAAAUGAGUAAAAAUCUUCCAAAGAAAAUCUUUAAAAUAUCUAAAAUGAUUCCAUAUAUAUCAGUAAAACUUCUAAUAUUUUCUUUAAGAAGAUUCACAAAAAAAUCAACUAAAAUCCAGCGACAUUUGCUGGAUUUUGGUUGAUUUUUUGUGAACGUUCUUAAGAAACAUUUUUACCAUUUCUUUUUUUCCACCAGAAAAUGUUCAACGAUUUCCUGAAAAUGUCGAAAAUGUGGACAUCGGAAGUUUCACUGUGAAAAUAUAUAUAUAUUUUCCCCAAAUUUUCAAACUUUAAAACGGGUCAACUUUGACCCGCGGGACAACGCGAGGGUUAAAUGUAUUUUUAAAGGAUAUAAUUGCGUGAAUGUGUCUAAUAAGCAUAAGAACACGCUCAGCGGGGCGUCAUUGAAAGCAACAGAUGACCAUUGGACCCUGAGAGCCAGCAGAUAAACACCUGUUCAGUUUCGGGGGUGUAAAAUACAAAAAAUAAAAAGGGAGAUUUUGUGUGUGUGUGUGUGUGUACUUGUACUUGCUACAUUGUGAGAACCAUUUUCUGCAUUUAACUAUCAAAGUGAGGACAUUUUUACAAAGUGAGGACAUUUUGGCCGGUCCUCACUUUGAAACAGCCAUGUUUGAGGGUGAAGACUUGUUUUUAGAGAACAGGUAUGAAUUGAGGUUUGGUUAGGGUUAGGGUAAGGAUUAAGUUUAGGCAAUCAGUUGUGAUGGUUAAGGUUAGGGUAAGGCUCUAGGAAAUGCAUUACGCUUAUGGAUGCCCUCACUAAGAUAGAAGUAGAAGAUUGUGUGUGUGUGUGUGUGUGUGUGUGUGUGUGUGUGUGUGUAAAGGUGUGAGAGGGUAAGGGGGAGGAGAAACAGCCGGACAUAUAAAUCAUUAUACAUAUCUGUUGAGCUUCACACAUCUCACUGUUGCAGACCAGACAACACACACUUUCUCUCAGACGUUCUGACUUUCACAUCAAAGUUCAUUGAUUUGAAAACUGGAUACACAUUUAACUGACUGCCGGGCCUGAAGAGGGGUCAUGGAUCCUAUCGUGGAAGUAGUGGCUUUCGUUCUGGGGUUCACCGGUUGGGUGAUGGUGGGGGUGGCCCUGCCAAACCGCUACUGGAGGACCUCCACCGUCGACGGCAACGUCAUCACCACCUCCACCAUCUAUGAAAACCUGUGGAUGUCCUGUGCCACGGAUUCAACCGGGGUUCACAACUGCAGGGAGUUCCCAUCGCUGCUUGCCUUGAGUGGUUACAUCCAGGCGUCUCGUGCUUUGAUGAUCACAUCUGUGGUGUGUGGCACCUUCGGACUGGUGGCGACCCUCGUAGGAAUGCAGUGUUCAAAAGCAGGAGGGGAAAACUACGUUCUCAAAGGGAGGAUUGCAGGCACCGGUGGAGUCUUUUUUAUACUUCAAGGUCUAUGCACUAUGGUGUCAGUGUCCUGGUACGCCUUCAAUAUCACUCAAGACUUCUUCGACCCCUUCUAUCCUGGGAUAAAGUAUGAAAUAGGAGAAGGGCUUUACAUCGGCUGGUGCUCGGCUGUUCUCGCCCUCUUCGGAGGAAUCUGUCUCACCUGCUCCUGCAAACUGGGCUCAAGGGAAAAAUUCCCUAUGCCUUAUCAAAGCAGAGGAACCGUAUAUUCUGGAGCUGCACCCACCAGAAGCGUGGCUGCCAGUACUUAUGGACGAAAUGCUUACGUCUGAGCAGGAUCUGAAAACAGAACUCUGCAAAUGGGGACUUUUUCAUCACCUCAACUUUAUAAUGCGAUCAGUUUUUACACUUCAGGUAACCGUGGAAGCACAAACGGUGCAUCAAACGUUCACAGAUGUAACUCAGCACCACUGCACUGUAUAUACCCACAAUAUCAAGUGUGUAAAAUAAUAGCAUAGAAAUAACAGCAUCGAUAUUGUAAAAUUUGUACAAAGCUACACUGUCAUCGCUGCACAAACAUACAGUAUGCUUUCAAUGAUUCUAUUUAUAUUUCACUCACUGUGUGCUCUGAUACAUUUACAGUCACUCGCUUGAGAGAUAUUCAAUCAUUUAAUGAUCUGCAUAACAGAGGAGAGGCAUUUGUUUUGUUUUGUACAGUUUGUUGGUAGUUUCUGUGAGAGAGGGCGGAUUGCAUGUUAUCUUUGUUUUCAUGCUAGUUUGUCUUUUUUUUUUUUUUUUACAAUUGCACACAAUAAAAGGUUUUAUGCGAAACAUUUCAACUUUGUAAACUGACCAAAAUAGUUGUGAUUUUACUCUUUUUUUAAAGAAAUAAAAGUGUUUUUGCAAGCA